GCCAUUAUGUAAGCAACCGUGAAAAGACAGGAACGAAGAAGAAGGAGGACGAGCGACUACAAGGCGAGGUGUUUACUUGAGGAACAUGCUAUGGAGCACUAUGUCAGCUCCUAGGUAAAGGCUUUAUUUGAAGGUAUGUUUAAUUCUUCAAUACCCAAUAUUAUACUUAAUAUCCGGUAAGAUUAGAUGGAACCUAUUCGACACUUUGUCAGAAUGAGCACCGUUCAGGUUCGUUAACAUCAGUGAAUCGUGGUUCACCGUGUCCAUGCCCACGGUGCGUUUGGCUUUAACAGUGUCAGACACGAACCCCGUUUAAAAACAUGACCAAUCUUUCCCGGGAUGUGUCUUCUUGGUUUGUGCACUUCACUGGGUUUUGGCACCAUAACGUUUUGCAUAAAGCCGCAGUACCCAAGAGACACAAAUAGAGUUAAAAAAGGGAGAAAAAAAAAGGCUCCCCCUUUCUCACCUGCUCAGACUGUAACAUUAAAACGUGUGCUUAGGCAUAUGAUUUCAAUAAUUUCAUCAAAUACGUUGAUUCAAAUUCAUAAAGGUUUACAUAAAUGCAAGGUAGGGUUUAGCAAUUUUUCUCCAUAUAGGCAUUCAAAGUAGUCUACUGAAUGCUUUAGGAAGCUCCUCAAAACCUAUUUAUGCAGAUACAGUUUUAUCUUAUUCUCAGUUGCUCAUUUAUUUUUAAUCGUGUUGUUUGUUUUUAUUUAUUAACCUGUGAAGCACUUUAUAAUCCAUUGUUUUAGAAAAUAAAUAAGAAGAAUGCAAAAUUCUACUGUUUCACUUUCACAGACGACCCUAUAGUCAGCAUCUCAUUUGCAGUUUCUGAUUUAUCUGUUACAGAGAAGGUUAAAGAAACAAGAUCCUGAUCAAGACCACUACUCUCAGACUUCUCAAGUCUGGACUAGAUGAUUAAAAAGGGCAUCUAAAGACUCAGAUAUGUGAGAUCUUUAUCUUAUCUUUGCAGAGCAAGAAAGGACAAAUCUUCUACUCUUUAAAAAUAAUGUAGGCCAGACUUGAGAAGUGUAAGACUCAUGUGAUGUGGACAAUAAAAUAGUGACAUUGUUUGUUUUUGCAUUUUUUACUUUGUUCCACCUUCUCAAUAACAGCCCAAAUUAUGAGCUUUAAUAAGAUGCUAACUUAUGAAUUGUUUUCUAUAUUGAACUUGGUCUUAAAUCUAACUCUUCUUAGUAAAGGCAAAGCAUUAGUCCCAUUGUAAAUGGUUUUGUCAUUCAUGAUUUGGUCUUAUGUCAUUGUUCCUCUUCAGCAGGGAUGUGUGAAGUGUCAGAGAAGGACCUGUAUGCAGUGCUGGGAGCCAGCCCCUCAGACUCAGUGCAGCAGCUCAGACACAGAUACCAGCAGCUGGCUCGACAGGUGCUUUAACUAUCUAUAAAACAACACACAAAAAGGACUGCUGAAAGUCUCUUUAUCUGUCUGUGUCUGCAUUGCAUGCCUACACGAAGUAGACACAAUCUUUACCAGGCUGUCUGUCUUGUGCAAAGCUUAUUUUAAUUAGUUGGUCUUUAAAGUUAUUUUCCUCCAUUGUUUGAUACCCCUUGUGUGUUUGUCUGAUUUCUUAGUAUCAUCCAGACCGUCUUGGUGGUGCAUGUUCUUCAGAAACUGAGUCCGCUGUAAAGAAGUUUCUAGAAGUUGAUGCAGCAUGGAGGAUCCUCAGUGAUCAGGACACCAGGAGAGAGUAUGACCUACAGAAGAGAGGUGGGACAUCACUUACCUGUAAUGGGCUGAUAGAUAAGAGUGGUCAUCUUCAGCAUCAGUUAAUGUUAACUUUUGAAGUGCAACUGGGUAUAUUCUUAAAAUCACAAAAUCACCUUAAGGUCAGCAGUUUGAUGAAAUGUCAACCUAAGAUAUUACAUAGUAUCGGUAUCAAUAUCAUGGAUAAUGGCCCUGGAUUUAAUUGGUAUCGGAUCAAUACCAAAUCUUUCAGUAUUGCCCAGCACUACUGUUUCGUGGUCAACAUUGAACAGAUUAGCUAGAUGUGGUCUCUCUUGGUCCACAUCUUGUUAACUUUUGUCUUUCAGAAGCUUAAACACCAAAUCGAAUCAAUGAACUUUGAUCUCAAACGUUUAGAAGACAUAGAAACUUGAGAAACAGUCCCAAAGUCUUUUAAGGUAUAGAAAGUGCUUCAUGUAAAGACAUGUUUGUAUUUUGUUGUUGUAUUCAGGUGAUUAUACUAUGUAACAUCUUUAAUCUUCAGUCUCCUCUUCAUUGGAUCUUAAAUUAUCACUGCUUUAGCAGCUAUUACUCAUGCCCAAAUGUAACAGUAAUUAAAGUGUAACACUAAUUAUCAACGGUCAAUAGUCAUUAUCACUGUCAAACUGUACGACUUGAUAAUGACGGUUUCCUCAAUAGUGAAAAUUUAAAAAAGUACAUGAGUGUGUGUGUGAACACAUUCUUCUAGCUGAAGGAUCUUCCUGUCACUUUUCAUUCAUUCAUUCCUGGAUGACCAAGGUUCUGGACUAUUUUUUCAGGAAUGGGGGCAUCAGUCAGGGAUGUAAGAUCCAGGUUCAUCCAGGUCUUUUUUAUGGCAUGCUUUUUAGAGCAGUGUAGAAGACACUUGCCAAGUCUGAAAAGGUCUGACAGAGGCAAGGGUCCAGCCCCCUUAUUAGGACUUGACCUGAUUCCAGUUGUUAUCCCUGCACAAAGGUUUUCCUGGCUGUUUCUAACUUAACAACCAAGGACCUCCCCCAUAUCUAGGGGUUGGUUUAUAUUUUCUGCUAUUAUUAUUAUUGCACUGAGAAAAAAAAUCUUCAUACAUCUUCAAAAAUCUUCCAACUCUUCCUCCUCCUGCACUCACUACCAAGCUGACCUUCUGUCUUAUACCAAACAAAGUAUAUCAUAUUGUGAAGCACUGAUAAUCUUCCACAGUUAGGAACAUGUAUGAAAGCCAGUUCCUGAAAAUAUCAGGUUUUAGGUUUCUUAAAAUCACCAGGAAACAUGUCCGAAAUUUUUAAGGUACAUUUGAAAACAGACAUACAGCAAAAGUGACAUAGUCCUUUUGUUCAGUCUUUCUUUAACUGCUGUAUUCAUGUAUCUCCUCUCUUCUUAAUAAUCCUCUGCAGCACAGGAGCUCAAACAGGAUUGGCCAGUGGACUCUGUAGUUCAUCUGGAGGACAUGACCUGGGACCAGGGUAAAUGCACAUCAAGUUGAUAAACACACACCACACACAUGCAAAAAACAACAACUCCUCUCAGUGAAAUCAGCUUUUUGAGAUCUCCUCAUAGAUUUAUGUUGUUUUAAUGUAGACAUUUGUAUUCCUAUAGUACAACUGACACAUCCAUCCAAUUAGCGCUCCUCUGAGGAAUUGUUUUGGUGUUUAUAAAAUGGAGUGAAAUUCAUACUGAGGCCUUUUUGUGAUGUAAAAAGCAAGGAUGACCAUCUGUGACAACAUCAACAACUUUUUAAAUGCCUGACUCUGGUGCUGGGGGGGUACAUUUGACUUUUAAGACUUUGCAAGAUGUCACCAUCGAAGCUUACGGGAGACAAAAUAAGUAAAAGACUUCUUUGUCCACAGAGGGCACCAAAAUUCACAUGAACAGAAAAUUCCCCACAGGAGUUUUAAUUAAACUUCAAAUGUCCUGAUCAAAUACCUGUGCAUCUUCAUGAUCACUAUAUGAUGAAUGGUGCUGAGUUUGCAGUUCCUUAUCUGAAUGUAUGUGUUUUGCUCCAGAUGAGAGAGUUUACACAUACAGCUGUCGCUGUGGAGGAAGAUUUGAUGUGUCCGCAGAGGAGGUUGAGGAGGAGACAGAGAGGAAGCCGCAAGAUGACGAGAGAGAAGAGAUGCACAGAGGAGUGGUCGUUUGCUGUGAUACGUGUUCCCUCAGUGUACAUGUCACAUGGUUAUUACAUUCAGAGACCCGUGUAUUAAGAUGAUAAUUAUUUUUGUACAGACUAUUUUACAUUGCUGAGUCAGACUGUCACUUUAAUUUAAUCACACAAAUUUAAUUUAAUCUAUGUUGUGCAAUAAAUUUUUCUUUGUCAUCCAACAA